CCUCUUCUUCAUAAUACAUACACUCAAAACUCUUUUUGAUUCUUCAAUUUAUCUUUUGUUGUGCUUCCUCUUGGCCUAUCUCGCUGAGCUAUUUUAGGACCUGGAAGUCAUUUCGCAAAGUCUUCAUCUGAAUAUCACGCCUUGCCUGGUGAUAUUAAAGAAUGAGAAGAUUUUACUUCGUAUAGGAUGAACAUCCAUGUUGAGUCUGCACCAAGGAAGAUGGAAGAAUGUAGGAUUUGCCAUGAUGGUGAUGAUGAUUCUAACAUGGAGGUACCCUGCUCUUGCCGCGGAACCCUCAAGUAUGCACAUCGCAAAUGUGUACAGAGGUGGUGCAAUGAGAAGGGGGACAUCAUCUGUGAAAUUUGCCGCGAGAAUUUUACGCCAGAUUAUACAGCACCAGCUCCUCCUCUAUUUGGCAGAUUCACAAUGAACACAGUAGGAAACUGGGAUGUUUCCAUGGGUGGGGUUGAUUAUCAUCAUUUUGGUGCAUUGUUUUCAACAGACGACAAUUUUGUUGGUAAUGAGUCAGAUGAGUAUACAACAUUUUAUCCAAGAAGUUUGAUAUGUUGUCGCAUUGUUGCCAUAACUUUUGUGCUUCUUCUGAUGUUGCGUACAAUGCUGUCAAUAAUCUUUGGUGUUGCUGGAGAUAACUCGGUAUCAUUAGUCAUGUUAUCAGUGUUGAAAGCUAUUGGAAUCGUACUGGCAAUCUACGUUUUGGUGAAAGCUUUGAUUGCUGUGCGACAUUGGAGGCAUCAGCAGGAUCGUCAUCACUCAGAGAUAGCCUCAUCAGAUGAAGAAAAUGAACUGCCAUUACAACAGCUUCAGCACUUUCAGAUUGCUCCAUCGAACAAUGAGAGUGAACUACCACUACAGCAUCCUCAGCCACAGUUUUUACAUGUCCAAUGAACCCCUGGCCUUAGAAAAGAAACCGCGAAAGUUUCACACUGCGACUUUUAUGGCUCUAUUAUGGAGUAUUCUCGGACAAAUAAAGCAAAGCUGCAACAAAAGGUCAAAGACAUUUCUGGCUUUGCUUUUAUAACUUGUACUCCAUGCUACAAUACAGCGGCUUCACUAUAACAAUACAAAACAAACAUUGUAUGAAGAGAAAACCCAAGAUAUCUUAUUGUUAAUAUCAGGAAGUACUGAUCUCAUAAAUUGAAAUCCUUGGGUUUCAAACAGUAAGACUCGCAGUGAUUUGUGAUUAUGCUUUGUAUAUAUAAUAACUCGUGUAUAAAACACCGAUAAUCUUCAUCAUCUCAACUUCUCACAACCACAGGCCUUUUCCCAAAAAAAAAACAAGUUGAAAAGGAUAAGCGGGCUUGAACAUGACAGAGUCGCCAUCAUACUUUUCUGAAGCCCUCGAUGAAAAAAAAAUAUCACAACAAUAUUUUACUUAUUCAAGAAAGUUUCUAUGAACUGGAUACUAAAAAUAAUUAACGCACAACACUUAUAUAUAGCUUAGAUUUUUUAUUCCCAUAGAAAACUUAUUCAACUUAAUUCAAGACAGACACGGAUUGCAGGACAAAAGUAUCAAGCAAUAUAAAAGUAGAGACCCUAGAAAACCCCAAAUAAAGAAGAAAACAUGAAAUACUGAACUCGUAAAUAGACUCCAUCACAUAAGAACAGCCAAAAAGAUGAAAGAACAUAAGCCUGCAGAGAAAA